GUUUCCGGAUAAUUUAGUGGAAAUGUUUAAACUAAAAGUAAUAAUUUUAUUUUUAGCUAUAUCUAAUGUUUUUUGUAAAAACACUACCUUAGAUGCUAUUGGAAAUUUUAUAAGAAACUAUAGAAAAUCUUUUAAUGUUAGCGAUGCCGUCUUCGAACCAUAUUCUGAUCUAGGACUUGAUAUUUAUCAAUUUUUGGCCAAAUAUCAGUAUCCAGUAGAAACUCAUUGGGUUAAAACCGAAGAUGGUUAUGUCCUUCGAAUGCAACGGUUAUUGGGAGGCCAAAAUGGAAGGCAUGCUAACACAACAGAUAAACCAGCUGUUCUCCUUAUGCAUGGUCUACUAAGUAGUGCCAUGGAUUUUGUAAAUUAUGGUCCAAAUAAAUCAAUUGCGUUGAUGUUGGCAGAUGAAGGAUAUGACGUUUGGUUAGGAAACAACAGAGGAACUACUUGGUCUAGGAUGCAUGAGACCUUAAAUCCGGAUACUGACGUAGAAUAUUAUGAUUACAGUUUCGACACAUGUGGUUACUACGAUCUACCAGCAAAAAUUGACUAUAUUGUCAAUAACACUGGACAGGAGAAGAUAUUUUAUAUAGGACAUUCCCAAGGAACAUCUCAAUUUUUUGCCAUGGCAGCUUUAAGACCAGAAUAUAAUGAGAAGAUCGCUUUAAUGUCAGCCCUAGCUCCGGUUGCCUAUAUGAAUCACAUGAGUUCGAUGAAUUUGAGGAUUGUGAGCCAAUAUCUUGAUAUUUUAGAAUUACUACUUGUGGAUAUUUUAAAUAUUCAUAGUCUACUAUCACAUUCUUGGAUUUAUACAGAACUGGCCAAAUUAUAUAUUGUAUUAACCGAUGUUAUACCAGCAGCCCAAGAGAUCGGGGCAUUGGCAGCAUUUUUCUCUAGUGGGUUUAAUAAUAGACAAUUUGACAGGACAUUUGUACCAAUAAUAUUGUCAAAUGCACCAGCCGGAAUAUCUUCAAAAAUGGCCAUACACUAUGGACAAGAAAUUGUGUCAGGUAAAUUCCGAAGAUACGAUUAUAAAUUACUAGGUAAUUUGGAAAAGUAUAAUUCGUCAGUCCCACCGGACUACAAUCUGUCGGCCAUUACUGCACCGAUUGCACUUUAUUACUCUAAAAAUGACUAUAUGGUAGCCGUUAAGGAUGUUGAAAGGUUGGCCAAGCAGUUACCCAACGUUGUGAAGUUACAAUUAGUCAAAGAUAGACGGUUUAAUCAUCUGGAUUACCUUUGGGCAAAAGAUGUGCACACAAUUCUCAAUGAUGAUCUGAUUGCCACUCUGAAUAAAUACAGACCAGUUGAGCCACCUCAGAACUCGGCAACUACCAUUUAUGGAAGCAUUGUUUUGUACCCAAUGGUAACAAUGAUUAUUGCUGUAUUAGCAAUAUAAUAAAAGAUUAUAUUUAAUACAU